UUAAACUUCAUUGAAUAAAGUGGCUGAGUAGUUGAAAUAUUCAGAAAUUCAUUGAUAUAAGUAGUUAUUUAUUUGUGGUGGGUUACAGUGCUUAAAGUGAAAUGGGAAUUUGGAAUGAGGACAUGUUGGUUAGGCUGAUGACAGAGACAUGGCAUCUCGAUUUUAGUGUGUGUUAGUUUAGUGAAUUGUGGAAUUAUUUCGACCCGUUAUCCAUUUACAAAGUACUAUGAUAUAUUCGUUGUUGGUUUGUCUUGUCAUUAAGAUUUCCAGCCUCAGCUAUGUAGCUGUAAAGCUGCAGCAGAGGAUUCACAACUAAAGUUCAGAUCAUAAUGUCACAUCGAGCCAAACGUCAGGUCAAUCGUAGUGAUGAUUGUCCAGUCCCUACAAAGAGGCGUAAGGGCCGUCCACCGGCGUUGGAGGAAGAGGAGACGUCCUCCAUGGAUCCCGGAUGGACACCCAGGCCCAACACUGACCUCAAGAUAUCUAGCAUCUACAACCGCAGCGCCACGGAAGCUCCAGCUGAGCUGUUUCGAAAGGACCUUAUUAGUGCCAUGAAACUGCCGGACAGCGAGCCUCUGUCAAAUGACGAGUACUGGACCAUCUCAGACCAGUGGAAACAGGAGUGGGAGCGCGGUGUGCAAGUGCCGGUCAACCCUGAUUCUCUGCCCGGGCCGUCUGUAACUGUAAUCAGCCCCAACCAUCGUGGCCUCCAUGAUUUCCGGCUACCGAAGAACAAAUACAUCCGCAUCACUAAAGAUGAAAACUUCCGCCUAGAGGAACAUUACCUGUCAAACAUGCCAGCAAAGGCGGAGAAGGCUUGCUCCUAUGAUUUAGACGACUGUGAUAUUGCUUGGCUUCGGAUAGUAAACGGGGAGCGAGCCUCUAUGGGUCUCCAGCCAAUCAGAGAGGACCAAUUGGAAAGGGUUAUAGAGGAACUUGAGAUCCGCUGUUGGGAUAAGGUACAAACUAUUGUCAAACAAGAAGAAGGUCUUGGCAUUGAAUUUGACGAGAACGUUAUCUGUGAUGUUUGUCGCUCGCCUGACUCGGAGGAGGGGAAUGAGAUGGUGUUUUGCGACUGCUGCAACAUCUGUGUGCACCAGGCUUGCUACGGCAUCACCGCCAUCCCUGCUGGCUCCUGGCUGUGCCGGACCUGUGCGCUGGGACUUAGGCCCGAGUGCGUGCUCUGUCCCAACAAAGGGGGGGCUAUGAAGUGCACGCGCUCAGGCCAUAAGUGGGCACACGUGUCCUGCGCGCUAUGGAUACCAGAAGUCAGCAUCGGAUGUGUGGAACGGAUGGAACCCAUCACCAAGAUCUCCAGCAUACCGCAAAGUCGGUGGGCGCUAAUCUGUGUGCUAUGUCGGGAGCGAGUUGGGGCAUGUAUACAAUGUUCUGUCAAGACUUGCAAGACAGCCUACCACGUCACCUGUGCGUUCAAGCACGGCCUCGAGAUGCGGGCCAUCAUUGAGGACGAAAACGCUGAUGACGGAGUUAAAUUAAGAUCUUAUUGUCAGAAGCAUAGUGUGACGAGUAAGAAGGACAAGAGUGGUUCUGGAUCUGAGGAGGAUGAGUGUAAAAAGAAGAAAAGGAAAGACAUGACGUCGGAAGAGAAGAAUCAGGCGAGAGCAGCCAAGCUUCAGGAGAUAGAAGCAGAGUUUCAAAAACAUGUGAGCCCUGGAGAUGUGAGUCAUCACUGCGAGGUGGACGCGGAAGGUGUGGUGUGUAUCUACAGCUACUGGGUGCUCAAGCGUCGUGCAGCGUACAAUAAGCCACUGCUAGCUCCACGCUCUGAGGAUGUAGACUUGCUGACCAAGCAACAGGAGCAAGCGGACCUCGACAAGAUGAGGAUGUUCGUCCAGUUACGCCAAGACUUGGAGAGGGUCCGUAACCUAUGUUACAUGGUAAGCAGGAGAGAGAAACUAUCAAGAUCGUUCUUCCGGCUUCGUGAGCAGACAUUCCAUAGGCAAGUGUCAGUCCUAACAGAACCAAGUUACACUUUAAGCAGCACGGAGUUAACAGCAGUGAAAGAAGCGAAUCACGGCCCUUCCAUUUAUGAUAGGCUCUACUCCCACGCUAAUGCUCCUGAGCUUAGCACAGACUUCGACACCGUCCUUGCCAGGAUUGCUGGCAUUGCUUCCCCCACUCCAGAAGACAAAGGGAAACUCGAUCUCAACGGAUUGGUCAAAUCAAACAAAAGUGAAAAUCCUUAUAAGAAAAUGUACUUCAAUGGCGGAGUUGUCCGUCGAAGAAGUCUUUAUGGAAGCAUGUCAAGUGGAAGUGAAACAGACCAUAAAAACAGGUAUAAGAUGGACAUUGACAGUGCUAUAUCGAGUGGAGAUGACAGAAAACCAAAAAUAGUAACAACACCUGUAAAGAAAAAUUCAAUUUUGAACAAAGAGAAGAAACUAAGCAAGAAGAGAGUUGUAUCACAAGCAAUUAUAGAUUCAUCCACUGAGGACGAAAUCAGUACAAAACCAAAAUCUACAAAAUCCAAGUGGGAAUCACCAAGAAGCAAAUCCUUAAGGCAAAUGGAGAAAGAACUCACAGAUAAAUCUGGUCCGAGUGAUGACAGUGAUGAAAUCAUUUCAGUGAAACCAUCCUCCAAGAAAGAUUCUCAUAAGAUUAGUGGUAUAUAUUCAGACAGUGAUUCAGAACCCUCGGGCCAAGAUGAUGAUACAGCACCAAGUGACUCUCAACAACUUGUCAUGCGUACCAAAGCAGCCAUGAAAGAGUUUUCUGCUGGUAGUAGUCAACAUGGAAAAGGAAAACGAACCAGGAAGUUGAGUACGAGAUCUCUUAAGGGUGAGAAGAAGGAAGAAGAUAAGGUUGACAGCUCAGCAGAUGAAUAUCAGAAAGAGAAAGAAGAUCUAAAAAGUAUUAAAAAGAAGAAUUCAAAAGAAUCCACACCCUCAGAACUUAUUGUUCCACAAAGACAAGCAGCUAAGAAAGCUACAGAAAGUAUGCGGGGCACACAGAUUAAGUCUAAACCAGAUCUACCAACAGCAGAUCAAGAAACUCUCCCUAAAGAGGUUGUUGUAUCUGUACAGGUUGAUGAAACAAAAUCUAAACCAAGCAAGCCAAAAAGCAAAGAUUCAAAGCAUAGACUGGAUGGUAAGUUACCAAAUGACAUAUAUGAAUUUGAAAAAGAAGGUUGUGAUAGUUUGGAGUUUCCUGCAUACGUACCACAGCGGCAAGCAGCUAAGAAGGCAGCUGAGCAUAUCAAGAGUGGAAGAGUCCCAGUUGCUCAAAAACAACCACUUACUCCUGAUGCCGAUAUUGAAAAUAAAACGAAGCCAUCUGAUGUAAUAAAAAGUAAAAAAGAAAUAGAUGCAGUGAAACCCAAGAAAGAACUUCAAAAUGACAAAAUUGUUAAACAACCUGUUAAAUCUCCAGAAAAGAAAAUUCAGAGAACACCAAAGUCAUCAGUUUCUUCGCCAUCCUCAUCAAGUAGUUCUUCAUCUGAUUCUUGUACGUCUUCUUCAAGCUCUGAAAGUGAAGAUGGUGAUAUGGUUCUUAAAAAAGGUGCUGAUAAGAAAAUAUUUGAUCAACCUUCUCAAAAUAAACUUCCCAGAAGAGAUAGUCAAGAUAAAAAGACAAAGGUCUCUGAAAAGAAAAGCAACAUCAUUAAAAAACCGGAUACGCCCUUUCUUAACAAGGGACAGCAUUCCGCAGAGAGUAGCACUUCUUCCACCAGUAGUUCAGAAUCAGAGAAUGAAUCACCUGCAAGGAGAAAACUUUCUCCCUCUCCAAGAAAAUCAACGGAUGCUGUCCUGCAAAGAAAACUCUCGGAGUUCAAAAGUCAAGAUCAGCAGAAAAGGGAUGAUUCCUCAUCCAAGUUGGCUGCUGCCUCUAAGAAAUUCAGGAAGACGCCCGAUAAGAAGCUUAAAACUUCCGACGGGCGGCCUGAACUUCAACUUCAGCAGCCGCCUAUUGAAAGAGAGGAAUCAACCCGAUCCAAAGACAAACAUUCAAUACGAGAAAGGAAGAGCAGAUCACGUUCAAGUGAUAGAUUCAGACAAUUUGAAACCAAGCAUGGAGAUAAUACUCACAAAGGUCAUUCCUCAGUUACCAGUUCUAAGAAUCGCAGCAGAUCGAGCUCACCCCAAUAUGAUGAAAAACCUGGAAUGGAAAGGACUUCUCGAUCGCCACAAAAGAAAGAUUUAUCCAAACAAGAUAGAAGGGAGAGAAAAUCUAGUGACUUCUCAGAACACAGUCCAACCAGGAGAAAAGAUGAAUCUUCUGAAGAAGUCGGCAGAAAAGAGAAAAUCAAGUCCCAACACAUUACAACUGAGAGCCGGAAAACUGAUAAGAAGGUAAAUUUAAGAAGUGAUAAAAAAUUAGAAGAAUCAAAGGAUAGUUCUUUUGAAAAGGAACCAGUUGAGCAUAGACCAGACGAAGUGUCGAAAAAUGUAAUUUCAAAGAAAAUAGUUGAUAGUGUCUUUGAAAAGCAAGAUAAAAUUUGCUUUUCCAAAAAUGAAAGGGAUAUUGCUUUUGCUGAAAAAGUUUUAGAAGAAAGGUUUUCUUCUGUAAGUAAUACAAUUAUCACCCAAAAUACAACUAUUGAUAAGAUCAUUUCACCAGUUACUGAAUCAAUACAAUCCGAUAAAUAUGGAGGGAAAACUAAUGAGAGAAAUAGAGAUCAUCAAAAACAUUCUCCAAAAACCCAAAAUAGAUAUAAGGAAGAAACUUAUAAAGAAAAUCGUGAUGAUAGUUCUGAAAUUUCAGAAACAUCUGAUUCUGAUGCUUCAGAACCCGUCAAAAAGGAUAGCAGUGAAUUUUUAAAUAAACAAGAUGUUGUAAAGGGUAAUAAUAAUAUUAUGAAAAUUGAUGCUUACACUGAGAAAAAGAGCAAACAUCAAAGUGUCUCUCAAACACAACUAACUGAUCAAAGUUCAAAACAAAUACCAAACAGAAUGAGUCAAUCCAAAAACAAAGAACUUGAUGAAUUAGAAACCAAAAACUUUUCUGAAGGUAUCAACAAACUAGAUGAUAUGAAUAAUGGAGAUAGAAAUUCAAAACAUGUAGGAAUAGAACCUUCUCCAGCUUCAGAACAGGAAAUAAAAGAAGAAAGUUCCCCAGUUAGAAGAAAUAGUAAUUGUGAUAUAAAUGUUCAUGAAUCGCUAAUUACUAGAGUCUCUGCUAACAUCCAGCAUGAUUUAACAUCCAAACACAAUAGCACUUAUGAAAGUGAAAGAAAUAAUGAUGCUCAAGUUAGUGACUUUCAAGUUGUUGAGGUUGAUGUGGAGCCCAAGAAAAUUACUUCCAGAACAUCUUCUUUGUCAGCACCUGCAUAUCAGCAGCGCUCAAUAUUCUCGCCUCAACAACCUACCAAAGAUGCUGCUGUUGCAGAUCUUUUUGAUUUUGGUAAUGACAUGUUGGCUGUAGACGAAACUGUUAAUGAUGAUGGUUUUGGUUUACCAAGAAACUCUGAUGAAAUUUUAAGAACUCAGCCUCUUACAUUUAAUUUUGGAAGUGACUUUUUCUUUAAAGAAGAUUCUAAAGAAGAUAGUGCUCGUGAGACCCUAAAUUUAGUUGAGAAAUUGCGAAUAGAAUAUGCAAAGAAAACCAAUAUCUCUGAGCCUUCAGAACCAAUGACUCCUGGAUCAGAACUUCCUCCAACUCAUUCUGAAAUAAUUGAAGAAUCUAAACAAGAAUCAAUAGAAGAACCUAUACCUGAACCACCAACACCAGCACCUGCAACUAUUGAUACCAAUGAUUCGCUGAAACCAGCAGAAGUAGAGUGCUCUAUUGAUGUUAUGAAAUCAACAGCAGAACAUCAAACUAAUAUUGAAAUGUCUGUGGAACACAAUAGUAUAAUUGAAGGAGGUCAUGAAGAAAAGCAUGAAAUACCACCAUACCAUCAGGCAGAUCCAUAUGGCUAUCAGCCAUGUGGGAUGACAAUAGAUGUUGACAAAGUACCUGGAAGGGAGAAGGUGGAUAGAAGCAAUAGUGCACAAGCGGAUGAGAGAUGGGUUCCACCUAGUGGCUUACCUCCGCAUCAUUAUGAGCCCAUACCAUCACCUUAUACAGAUAUGCAUGGAAGAAAUAAAUGGGCAGAUAGUGAAGUUCUUCCAUCAAGACAUUCUUCUUCAUCUUCAGCAUCUUCUUCUUCAUCCUCAUCUCACCGUGAAGAUGUUGAUCCUGGAAAAAGGGAAGAUUUCCAGCUUCCUCCCCCUACCCCCAGCCUCAUCCCUGAAUUAGUGCAGUAUCCAGGACUCCAUACAAUGCCUUAUGGGCCAUGUGCUCUACCAGAUGGUCAGCCUUUUCACCCUUACUCUGAAGCAUCACCGUUUGUUGCACCAGUAAGCAUGUUUCCACCUGCCUGCCCUCAGAUACCUUUCCCCUCUGCUAGCUUAUAUCCUCCACAUUUCCCUGGACCUUAUCCAGGUCCACAUGGAAUGAUGCCUAAGGUGUCUGAUGAUACUAUCCAUAUACCUCCAACACCAUGCACUGCAGCAUUUACAUCUUCAUCACAUAAUAUGGCUCUUACUGCUGCAAUGGUUUCUCCGAAUCCACCCCUGACACCUAUGACACCCUCAAUUCAUGAACCCCCAAUGACUCCAGCACCAUUUCCUGAAUCAUGUCGACAGCUUCAGCCUCCAGAGUCUCCUAUUCAGAAUACAGAAACCUUCAAUCAUUUACCUCAAAGCAUUCAGACUGAAGAAGUUAACCCACCUCCUCCUCCUUUACCACCACCACCACCACCUCCUCCUCCUCCCAAACAAGCAGCCGGGAAAAAAUCUCCUGCAAAACCAACAAGAUCUUCUGCCAGAGUUAUCCAACAACAAAAAUCUCCAGCCAAAUCACCUGGAAUUUCUCCUCGUCAAUCAGAGGUCCCAAAAACACCAUCUAGAGUUAGAGAUACUGGAAGGGGAGGACGAGGAGGAAGGGGUAGCAGAGGAGGAGUUACAAGAGGCAGGGGGAGAGGGAGAGGGCGAGGUAGAGGUCAAGUUCAUCAACAUUAUCAUCAUCCAGAUCCAAACACAAUACACAGUAAAUUAGUGGGUACAGUUUAUGAUUUUGAUUUUGAUGAUGAUAUUGAUAAUAGUUUGGAAAACUUGAGGGCCAUGCGUGAACGCAGGCGUUCAACUGAUGUUCACGAAAGAAAAUCAUCGGACAGCUCAUUUUUAUCUAGAGAUUCAUCAUCUUCACCAAAAUUCACAAGUCCUCUUCAAAAUUCAAAAUUGAGGUCUAACUAUUCAGCUGAUGUUAGGGAUCUCCGGCCUCCAUCACCAAUCAGUGAAAUCCCGAAUCACAAUGAAGAAGAAAUAUCACCAGUCGACCAACCGAGGGUUGAAAGCUUCCCAGAUGUUGUUCAACCUUUGUUACCUGGACCUGUUGACAUGAGAACCUAUAACAGUUCUUAUGAACCAGCUAGCAGCAGCUUAUACCACAACAAUCUGAUAGGUGCUUUCACUACAAACUCUGCAACAGAUCAUCAGGAUUAUGUAAUGGAUGACUUGGAACAUCUUGGCCAGCUCGAACAAGCUUCAGUAAACAGAUCAAUAGUAGAGGCUAAGAAUAAUGCUGAAAUUCCAGCAAAUGUUGAUUCCCAAAAUGAUGGCAGUCUGUCUGCUAACAAGGGUUCAUUAAGUGACUCACGUAACCAGCUGAAAGUUAAAAUUAAGGGACCUUUCUUGGAUGCGAAUUAUACUUCCACAGUUGUACCAGCUACUCAGCCUGUUCUACCACCAACAGUUCCAGACUCAAAUAUAACAGCAAUACCAGCUUCUGUAAGUGCCACAGGAACAUCAAACUUAAGACGAAUGCGCAAAAAAGAACUGUUGAGACAGUACUGGACUCAAGAGAAUAUGGAUGAACCUGUUGUAGCUACAGCGAUAGGCCAGACUGCUCCCCCUAUAGCUGCACCACCCAUGAGCAGAGCUGUGAUCACGAUACCUAAGGCAGUAGCUUCCAUGACGAGUAUACCUACUCGUGAGGAUUAUAAAUGUUACAACGCAGGGAUGGAUACUUCCAGUGAAAAAAGACGUCGCAAAGAAAAACCAAUCAAUGAUAUAGAGGCUAUAGAAGAUGACAAUGAGAGGAGAAACAGCAGUGUUCCUUCUGCUUCAGAAUCAUCCCAACCAUUUAAAAGAAGAGGCAGACAACCCCGUGCGCCUACGGUUGUCACACCAAAACUGAAGAUCAAAAUAGGAGGCAGCUCUAUAGACUCCAAUGUAAUAUCUGUACCUAGCAACGAUGAGAAGAAGAACUUAAGAGAACGUCCACCAAAGAAAAGAUUGAGUAGUGUCCCGAUGCCUUCUGUAGAAGAACUCAAGAGAGAAAGCAUGAAAUUUAGGAAAAUGGUUAUGGCUGACUUUGAUGAAGAAGAGAAACAGAAAAAUAAGGAGAUUUCAGGAGUUCGUAAAAAGAAAAAGGGUACAGAAGUACCACAGAUCAAAGUGAUCGCCGACGGAACACCUAAACUGAUCAUUAGGUUUGGUAAACGUAGUGAAGACAGUGGUAGUGCACAGUCACAACAGACAACAGUGGUCCCCAGUGAAAACUCCCCCACAAACCCACCCCCAGCUUCAAGAACUAGUGAGUGUUCUGAACUAGAUAAAGUACGGACGUCCAAAAUAACGCCAAUUAGGUUAAAACUUUCCCGGUGUGAAGAAGGUUAUGUGAUGAAAGAGCCUUUACCUAGUAGUGAAGAGACUCCACCCGCAGUCCAGGCUCCGGCGGCCAGCUCAUUACCUCUUAGUCAAGAUUGCGAGGUCAGGUGAUGCUAGUGGGUUUUUUAAGCAAUUAAUAAGUUAGCAUAAAGUUUAUUGUUUUGUUUUCUCUGAUCUGACAAUUUUAUGUACGUUGAUGCAUAGAGUCAAUCUGUUGUCUUCACUAAGUGAUGAAUUUAAGGCUUACUCAGAGUGGGCCAGCUAUGUACAGCCUUUUACAGGAAGUUGUGUAACUAUUAAAAAAGUGAUACAGAUUUGUAAUAUUUUGUUUGUUAUAAUAUUUAUAAAAGUGCGAAUGAAAGUAGGCCUAUCCUGUAAACUUCUACUUUGUUUAAAUUCAUGUACAUUUGCACAGUGUAUUUAUAUAGGUUAUAGACAUUUUGACAAAGUGCAAAGGAAAAAUAGUGUACAAAAGUCAAUUAUCAUUACUGUUUCUUGUAAUUUUGUAUAUACUAGGUGUUCUGUCAUUUAUUAUGUGUAUAUGAAUGUCCUGUAUUAUUUGUACUAUUUUUUAGAGUAUUUUUAAUAUAUGUUUGUAAAAUAUAUAAAUAUGUUAAAUAUAAAUAUAUAUAUAUACAGUCUACAGAAACUGUAAAUGAGCUGUGUAAGUAAUGGUUAAAUCUAUUAUUAACAUUUGUUUGUAUGUACAGAGAGAAUAAUUUUUUUUAUUAAUAUUUAACAAUUAUUGUAAAGAUAGAGUAGCCAGCUAUUGACCAUUCUCCAGUUUCCUUUCUUUCUUAAGCAAUAUAAUGAAGACGUUACACAUACAUCAGAGUCACGUGCUUAGAAGUUUAUUAAAACUUCAAGCAUAAAAAGUCAUUCACUGUUUAAAUAAAUAAAUAAUCUUCUUAAACUUAAACUUCAUUACUGGCUACAAAAAUUAAUUAGCUUUAAAUAAAUCUGUCUUUACUGUUUAGCUGCUUUUCACGUUUUUAUGUGAUUUAAAAAUACUUUGUAUUCAAGCUAUGAUACUAAUUAUGUAUGUUUAUGAUUUAUCACUUAUUUAGUGUUCUCAUUGUUAAAUGAAUUAUUCUAAAUUUACUUAAAAUUUUAAGUUCCUAAGGUUGUUUAAUUUAAGUUCAAUCGUAAAUUAAAAUUAUAAGUUAAAAAAUAGCACUACAUUUAAAUUUGGUUACGUUUUGACACAAUGUUUACAAAAAGUAUAUGUAUCCUGCUGAAACUGAAUUUCUUUUAUGAAAUUAUGGAAUUUUAUUAAUAUUAUAUGAUUUAAUUAAAUCUUACAUGGAGGAUAUUGUAUUUUAAACUAAUUGUAACAGCAACAUUCUAUAAUGUACAGCUCUUUCCGUUAUAGAAAUGAUAAGUAUGAACAAGAUGUUAAUUUCAUUGUCACAAGAAUAAGGGGUGAUGAUGGAUAAACCAACGUUUUAUCUUCAAAAUUAUGAAAAAUAACUGAUGUAGGUAUUGUUCCCCAGUUUAAAUUUAAAUGAAUACAAACUUACGUAAUUAAUAAAUAUUUGGCCCAUACAUUCCUACAUGUAUAAAUUUGUUCAAUUUUUAAACCUGUUUACAAAAUAAACACAACCAUAACAUUUCUGAAGAUACAUAUCAAAUUUUACAUAAUAAAGUGUGAAAUAAAGCAUUUGAGAAAGCAUAUUAAGAAAAGAGGCUGGUUAGCCAACAAGAUUGAUUUUAUUAAAAACUCAGUAUACUAUAACUACUAGAUAUAUUGUUUUCAAUUAGUAGUUCAUACUGUACAUUAACAUGUAGUUAGGAUUAAAAUUAAAAUAAAAUUCAAAAUUUUGAAUAUUAUUUGAGUUUUGAAAUUUUUAUGACAUACUUGUUUUAAGCCAUAAACUUAAAUUAAUGAAAGAAUAAAACUAUUUAAUUUUUUUGCCAUUGUUAAUAUUGAAUAGCCUAUUAUCGCAAUCAAGAGUUAUGAGAUCUAAAAAAAGUGGUAGGCCAUAAUAUUGAAGAUAGAGAACCCGUUAUACUGACAUAAAUGGUACAUUGGCUUGCCUGCACUUACUAGCAUACUCAGUAAUAAACCUACACAUAUUGUGGCCUGUUAUGUGUAACUGAGUUUUAGGUAAAUCAUAUACAAACAUAAAUAUAACCAAAACAUUCUUAAAACAAAACCAGAAGCUUUUAUUUACGUUGUUGAUCAGAUAACAUAUUUUUCAUCCCGUAAUCAAAUUGUUUGUUUAAUUUUUUUAGAAAUGGUUGGUUUUUUUCUUUAGCUGUUUUAUUUUCAUGCAAGUUUUCUUACUUGCCUGACAUCCCAGCAGGAACUUAUCCGUCCAACAAUCAUCAUGUGCCUCCUAUAUACUUAUUUCUAUUAGAUUUGUCUGCUUCAGCCAAAUCCCACCUAAAUUUGAACUUUCUCAGUGGUCUCCAAAAAUUUUUCAGUCUUCUCCGAGUUCAGUAGCCUUCACAAAUCUUUGAGGUUACUUUCAUUGGCCUUGAAAAAUCUUUCAGGAUUCUCCAAGUUCUAUUUCAUUUAAAAAUUAUUGUUCUAUUGACAAUUUCAUACCAUCUUUUUUAACAGACUCCACUAAUGUGAUAGUUUUCUGGUCCAUACUAUGUCAAAAUUAACACAAUUAAAAUCUUGAUAUUUAUUUUAACAAAAUUAAAUUUUUGAUUUUGUAUAAUUUUAUUGCUAAGACUUGUAUGUCUUUUCAAAAGUAUAUUAACAGUAAAUUGAACAACUUUUGUACUUCCAAUAUUGACUGGUCACCGAAUUUCUGUUGCUUUGGUACUGAGUUACAGCAAUAGUGAUUUACUCUUAUACUGGUAGGAAAUAUACUAUUCAAAACUUAACAUGAUAUAAUACAUUCGUUAGCAUAUUUUUUAAUUGAUACAUUUAUAAUAUCGUGACAAAUAACUGAUGUCUUUAUCUAUUCUAUUUAUUCCUGAAGAAUGAAUGCUAUAACAAGAAUAAAAUAAAUAGGAACUAAACUGAAAAAUAACAGGAAUAAUAGAAGAAAAAACUUGUACAACAGUGGAUCGUAAGACCACACUAAAUGUAAUAGAAGAGUUAUUGCACAGACGGAUAGGCUGUCCUUUCAUCUUUGGACCCCAAAAUCAAUAGCGUUCAUCCUUGGACCACGAGGAACUUGUGUACCAAAUUUUAAGUCUCUAGGAUCUUCUUUUAAGAAUUAACUACAGCUUUUGAUACCAAAAUUAAUACAGUUCUUUAGACAACAAGAAAUGUGUACUGGGUGAUAUUGAUAAAAGUGUGUUUUUCAGGAUAGUUAAAGGAUGUGGAAAGGGACACAUAUUUCACCAAUUUUAUUGUUAUCAAGAAAAUUGAGAGUACGCUAGCUAGUAGAAAGGCAACUUUUCUAUAUGAGUCAUGUUUACGAUUAUAUUUGCAAGUUUUUGUUGUAUCCCAACUGGCUUUAGUACAGUCCAAUACCAUCCCCGGUAAUUCUGUUCUUUUUUGUACUAUUUCUAUCGUAUUUCGUAUCUUGUUAUGAAUAUGCUCACGGUAUACGAUUUCCUCGACCAGCACUACCCAUGAUGAUGGAUUGGGAGAAAUAGCCCCAUCCACUGACCUUUUUGUUGGGGCUGUGUUAGAACCAGACACAAUAUAGAAACACUUGUACACGUAAUAUCACUGCUUCAAUCAGAAUUAGUGAAAUACUAAAUGCAAGAUAAUCAAUGUUACAAGAGCAAGGGUUUGCAUUCCCAAACAAUGUUUACAAUUUUUAACAUCUCUUGUAAUCAAAAUACCUUAUUUAAUUAAUUUUCAUUAUGAUUUGUUUGUGUUGUUAAAAUAAUCAAAAAUUGAAUUCUUUCAAAAAAAAUUGCACUUUUUUUGUUUUGUAUAAAUCUUACAUUAAGUGUACAUAAAGCCAUGCAGGCCACAUAUCUAAAAAAAUCUUCUCAAAUACGGAACUUUGGCGACUCCAAGUUUACAACUAAAAAAAUUCCACAUUCGCAAUUUUAAUCAAUCCAGAAAAAUUCAUAUUUUUAUAGGAAACACUUUGUAUAUCAAUUUUCAAAUCUCUAGGACCUUUCUAUCAAAAGAUAUACAUUAGGACAGACAAUGACAUGAUUUUAAGAAUGCCUUGUUGUGACCUUAAUUAUGUGUUUAGUUAUAAAAACAAGUGUGUAAUAAACCAAAAAUCAACAAGAGCAGCCAGUUGUUAGGCUGGGAUAUUUCUCUUUUUGUUUGUAACGGGCUCUCUUGCUCUUAAGUGCAAAGGGUUAAGUUAAUUCAUUAAGUCAUCUUUUUUAUAAAAGAAAUUAAUACUGUGGUUAAUUUGAUAUGUGACAAAUACUUUAAUUUUUUUAUUUCUGCAAGCGUGGACUCUGACAAGUUAAGAUACAUAAAAGUAUUAAUUUUAUGCAUUCUGUUAACGUAUAUAUUUUCACUUUUAUCAGAUAAUCAAUGUAAAUGAUGUCUUUAUUGAUAAAAAAAAUGAUAUGUGAAAAGCAGCAUAAACAAUUGACAGGUGUUAUUGUUGUUUAUAGUUAAAUUUAAUUAACUUAAGGGCAUGUGCAAAAUAUGUACAUUGUGUUUUUGUAAAAACUUUAUUUAUUGUGUGCCAACUAUGUAAAUGUUAUUUUUUUAUAUGUUUAAUAUGAAAAUGCAUUUGAUUACAUAAAUACAGCUGAUCUUUGUUAAAUAUUGUUUAUUCUUGAAUUUUCUUUCAUUUACCCAGCCCGUAAACAUUUAUUUUUUAUUUAAGUGACAGAUAUUUUUGUCGGUAAUCAUUGUAAACUCAUUCAGUUGAUAUCAAUGUCUCAGAAUUACAACCUCCAUUAUUAUUUUUAGCUAAUCACACUGAAUCUCUUGUAAUGUUGUAAUUAAAUUGAGAAAAGGUUUGUUUAUUAUCAGUGUAGAAAAUCUACAAUAUAUCAAAAGUUUAAUCAAGUUUAAUUUAUUUUCGGUUUGAAAUUAGAAAUUUAUUUAUCUGUAUUAGCAAUGUUUUCAUUUUAGUACAGUUUUACAAAAGGAUGUAGAUAAUGUUUAUUGGAAAAAGCAUAGCACUAUUUUUCUGCUGAUAAAUUUGUAAUUUUUACUUUUGUAGAUAUGAGGGGAGAAAACAAAGUUGGAUUAAGUUUGAAGAACUUAUUUAUAAUCAAUAUAUUCUAUGCCAAAAAAAUAAGCAACUUGAGUAAUAUGCGAAAGAAAGAACUUUAAAGAAAUUACGUCUUAAGACUUGAAUUACACAUUUUAAGGGUAUUAAUUCAUAAAAAUCACUAAUUUAGUUGAGUACUGAAACUGAGAUGCCUAUAUAAAUUUGAAAUUAAAGUAUGUAACUGAUGAAAUGUAGUUGUAUACUUCAACUGAUAAACAUUACUCAUUCAUAUUAACAUAAAGUGGUGCUGAUUGGUAAAUAAUAUAAAUUAAAUUAAACCGCUAUUGGAAACAACAUAAAGUCAUUUGGUCAAGAUUUGUUUGUAAAAAGUAACAUAAUGAAAUUGUAUAAAUUUUAUAAAUAUUUAUAUUAUUUAAUAGUUUUGAUAUAAUUUAAUUAGUGAACAUUGAAUAACCACAAGCUUUAAAUUUAUCUCAUUUCUCAAUUUGAUUUUCCUUUAAUAAACAAUUGGUUGGUUGAUAUGUUUAUCAGUUGAGUUCUCGAGUUUACAGUAAUUAAUUGUACAAAACUCAAGGUUGUAAGUAAUUGUAAUUUAUAUAGUUUAAGUAAGCAUACAAAAGUAUGGCAUAAGUAUUAAGUUUAAUCUAUGUGAGAAUAAUAACAAGUACAAGGAAUUGAAAUAUAAUUGAUUACUGUGAAUAUAAUUAUGAGUACUCAAAAUUGUCAAAAAUAACUAUUAGUCUACUGUUAUUUUGGAUUGGUAACAUUGUGGUAAAAUGGAGAUGUCAUUAAAUGUUUUUAUUGUGUUAUUGUACAUUGUACUUUUUGUUUUGUGAUUUUCUUAAUGUGCUUCCUAUUUAAGAUUUGAACUCAAUGCAUUUAAUCGAAAUGUAACAAAUAAACCAACAAAUAACAGGAAUGUUGCUUCUGUUUCAUAAUAAUUUGCGUGUUUUAAAGCGUUGUAAAAAUCAUCUUAUUAUGAGAAGAGAAAAGUUAAUUAUUCACUCUUUUGCUAAUGAGUUUUUUUUUUAAUUCCGAAAGUUUACACUACGUCUUUUUACUGCCUCCAGGCAAUAUGAGUCUUAGAUAUAAUGAAGGACAGCUGUGUACACCUAUAAAAACUCACAAUGUUGUAUUUUAAAACAAAAAACUCAUUACUAUAAAACAAUGAUUAAUAGAAAAGUAAACAGUAGAUAAAACUAGUUUCAUGACCAACUCUCCUGCAAAUUAAAAAUCAAUCUGAAGUUUAGUUCAAAAGUAGUUUAUAAAGAAGUAUCACAAAUUAAUAAAACUACAGUUUUCUACAAUAGUAAAGACUGCUACAUAACAUCAAUUUCCAGCCAUGAGAUUGUUUCCUCAAAUAAUGUACUACACAGUGAAUUUUGCAUAUUUACUUAGCAUAUUUACUUAAUUUCGUAGCAUGCCAGGGUUACUAGGCACCAUCUGAUUGUAGGAAAUCCCUUACUGAGGUUUCCUGUCCUGUAUAAAUUUGUCAGUCAACCAAUGCUAGAAUUCUAACAUUUGUGAAGUUUACUUAAAAAUGUUGACUCAUUAAAAGUUUAAGUAGUAUGUUUUAUUUCUAUUAAAUUUAAAAGAAACUUUGAUGUCAGACAUUCUGAAAUUGUAAUGGUAUUCAUUAUACGAUAUAGAUGAGAUUGGAAACUUAGUAUUUCAUUGACGUGGUACUUAUAUACUGUGAUGAUAAUACAUUUUCUAGAUGCUGUAUUUAAGUUUGAGUGGAAUAGUAUUAUUCUUCGGUAUUUGUAUAAACACUUGUAAUUAACAUCACUAGUUUAGUGCUGGCUUAUUGAUCAAAAUAAGAAUAUAUUGCAAAACGCAUUAUUAUUUCAUUUUAAUAGUUCAACAUUCUAGAUACAAAAGGUCAUAUUACAUUUUUUAACCUAACCGUAUUGUCUGACGAACCACGUUGUUAACCAAUGGUAGUAAUUCAUAUUUAGUAAGCCAUUAUGACAUUCAUACUUCAUUAGUAUGAUAUUUUGGAUUUCUAAUACUAAUAGUAAUUUAUCAUUAAAAUAUAUCUUAAAAUGUUAAUUAUUACAUAUAGUGUAAUUUGGCUUAAUAAAUGAAAAUAGGAUUUGAGAUAAAAGAAAAUUGAUAAAUUUACAUGGUAAAAUGUGUUCUUGAAGGCCGAUUAAACUAAUAUACAUUCAUUAAAUGUAUCAAAAAAUAUUCUUUGUGAUAUUAUGCUCAUAAAAUAUACAAAAGCGAAAUAUGAAAAACAACCUUCAGAUAGUAAAUAGUAAUGAAAUGUGCCAGGAGUGGGUAGUAACUAAUCUUCUAUAAACUGAAAUAGUUCAUUUUAAAUAACUUUUUUUCAAAUUCAGAAGCAGCAUUCCUUAGUGUCAGUAAAGUUGUGAUUAGAUAACAUCCCUUUUAACACUUUUUGACUCAACGUUAUUUAACUAGCUCAAGUCACAUCCUCACUCUUGUGUAUGCAGUGCAGUUGUUACUGUGUGUUGUUAAUUGUGUGUAGCCUUGCCAUACAGUGUAGUUUUGUUUUGUGUUAAACUAAUAGCUUUAUCAGUUUUGUCACUAUUUUUCCUUGGCCGAGCCUUGUUACAAGAUCUCACCUGUUACAAUCAAACUAAGGUAUAAUGUAGGAUAUUAUUUGAGCAAUAAAUAACUUGUCAAGGGUUUAUACUCUAAGGACGCACAUCGUAGUUCAAAUCUCUGCCAAACUUUUGUUUUUGUCUACGUAAAAAAAUGGUUUUUGUUCAAUUUCCAUGUAUUGUUUUAAAUAUAUAACAUAUACAUAAUAGUGCAGAGUUGUAUUGAUAAUUUAGUUUGUUUAUGAAAGGAGAUCCAAAUUGUUUUGUAUAAUUUUUGUGUUAUUGUUUACAACUUUUGUUCUUUUAAGAGUAAAAGCAAAAUGUUUGGUAAAUAAAUUCAAGAAAUAAUAUUUAGAAGUAUAAUUAACUCUUAUCUUUGAUUUAAAAAAUCAUGAAUGUAUUUCAAAAAUACAAACCAACAAAUAUGUACAAAGUGGAUUAAAUUUACAGCAUUGUGUAAUAAACAGUUUGCUUUUGUUUGUUUGGAACAAAGUUAUUUAUUGUGAACUUGGAAUUGGUUUUACAGUGUUGGUUGAUGAUAUUGUAGAAAAUCUUAAUAUCAUUAUUAAUAAAACUACUAAUUUAGUACCUAAAGGCUCUCUCUUAACUGUAACAUUUUAUUUGUGAUCGUUAAAAAUCUUUCAUUAUUUCUAGUCGUUUAUGAUACAUAAUAUGUUUUUAUAAGCCACAGUGGACCUGGUAUUGAAAGUUUUCCAAACGGUUUAUCUAUUUUCUCAAGUGCUGCAUUAUAAUGGUUAGAUGCAAUUUAUUCUAGUGGUAUAAUGUAUACAUUUUUUGUAUUCCACAGUGAUUGGAAUUCCUCAAAAUCUUUUCAAUCAUUAUUGUAAUUAAAUUUUCAGAAUUAUUUACUUAUAAAUUGACCAAGUUAAUAAAUAUUUUGUUGUUUUAAAUUUAACUUCUCAAAAGAAGUUAAGAUACUGUGGUUAAAGGAUCAAUGUUAAGUUUGCUACUGUUGGAAGUCUAGUGUUUAGUAUAUUGCACAACAAGUUUUGUAUCUUAUUUAUAUCACUAUAAUUACUUAUAACAGGUCUCUUCAGUCUUCUGUUCUCUUUAUUUUUGUUAACUUUUUCAUAAUUAGUAAUGGUUAGUAAAUAACAUUUUAUAAGUAAAUUUGUACAGAUAUCUAUUGUUGUUUUGUACAGCGAAUUAUUGUUUUAUGGUUUUAUUUUUUUAAUAUUUUCAUUCUCGAUGUAAUAUUGUGUAUCAUCAUAUAAUUUUAUUGACCCUUGUAAAUACAGACGAACUGUAAGAUAAAGUGUUUUAAUGUGCACAUAGUCUCGUAAUACAAACCUUUUUUAGUA